AUUAUGGAGAGACCAAAGGCUUGGUCUAUCACAACUCCGGGCUUGGAUUUUGUUACAUUUCUAAUAUUGUGAUAGGAAUUUUUGGGUUCGAAUCGUUCCAGCCAAGAUCACAGACUGGGAGUCACUAUUGUUUAUCUUUCUUGAGCAGGAUUAAUCUGUUUCCUGUGAAGACGUAGUGAAUUUAGCCAUUAUGUCUGGGUGGGACGAGGGGUCUAUUUUCUACAGUGAUCAAGCCCAGUUUCCGAGAGGCGAUCCAGAUCAGGGUGCCCUCACUCGUCAUUCUGCUUUGCGCAAAUUCAAGGAGUUCAUUCGCAGCUACAAUGGCGAAAAGGGCGAUUAUCCCUACAGAGAGAGCUUGAUACACAAUCCCAAGUUUCUACUAGUUUCAAUGGAGGACAUUGAUUCUUUCGAUGGAGAUUUGUCCGAGAAGAUCCGUAAAUCUCCUGCCGAUUUCUUGCCUCUGUUUGAAACUGCUGCGUCUGAGGUGUUGGGUGCACUUAAAUCCAAGGUGACCGGAGAAACUGGUGAAAUGGAGGAGCCAACAAGCGGAGAAGUGCAGAUUCUCCUGUGUUCCAAGGAAAACAUUAUAUCUAUGAGAUCCCUUGGUGCCGAGUUUAUCUCAAAACUGGUGAAGAUCUCUGGAAUAGUUAUUGGCGCAUCCAAAACAAAGGCCAAGGCUACAUAUGUCUCUUUGCUCUGUAAGAACUGUAAGAAUGUGAAAUCUGUUCCAUGCCGGCCUGGACUGGGUGGUGCCAUAGUGCCUCGUUCCUGUGAUCAUGUUCCCCAGCCUGGAGAAGAGCCUUGUCCCAUAGAUCCUUGGGUUAUAAUUCCCGAUAAAAGUAAAUAUGUCGAUCAACAGACCUUAAAGCUGCAGGAGAAUCCAGAGGAUGUACCCACUGGAGAGUUGCCUAGGAACAUGUUGCUUGCAAUUGAUCGCAAUCUAGUACAGUCAAUAGUACCUGGGACAAGAGUGACUGUAAUGGGUAUAUACAGUAUUUUCCAAGCAAACAAUUCUUCUGCACAAAAAGGAGCGGUAGCCGUCAGGCAGCCUUAUGUCAGAAUUGUAGGUAUUGAACAAGCUACUGAGGCUAACAGCGGAGGCCCCACUUCCUUUACUGCAGAUGAAGAAAUGGAGUUCAAAGAGUUUUCUCAGAGGCCUGAUGCAUACACAAAGGUCUGUUCCAUGAUUUCACCAUCUAUAUUUGGUCAUCCUGAUGUUAAGAAAGCUGUGGCUUGUCUUCUCUUUGGAGGAUCAAGGAAGAGAUUACCAGAUGGGGUAAGAUUAAGAGGAGACAUCAAUGUUUUGCUAUUGGGCGAUCCAUCAACUGCUAAGUCGCAGUUCCUUAAGUUUGUUGAGAAGACAGCUCCAAUAGCUGUCUACACUUCUGGGAAAGGGUCUUCAGCUGCUGGUUUAACAGCUUCUGUCAUUCGUGACCCUAGCACGCGGGAGUUUUAUCUUGAAGGAGGGGCAAUGGUUUUGGCCGAUGGAGGGGUUGUUUGUAUUGAUGAAUUCGACAAGAUGAGGGCAGAGGACAGGGUUGCAAUUCACGAGGCAAUGGAACAACAAACAAUAUCCAUAGCAAAGGCAGGCAUUACAACUGUUCUCAACUCCCGUACCUCGGUGCUUGCAGCAGCGAAUCCACCUUCUGGACGUUACGAUGAUCUCAAGACAGCACAAGACAACAUAGAUUUGCAGACAACAAUUCUUUCUCGAUUUGAUCUUAUUUUCAUUGUGAAGGAUGUUCGGAUCUAUGAUCAAGAUAAGCUUAUUGCGAGUCAUGUUAUAAAAGUACAUGCGAAUGCAGGGCAAACCACCAAGGAUUCAGAUGCCCUGGAUAGAGAAAACUGGCUUAAAAGAUUCAUUGAGUACUGCCGAGUGAACUGCAAACCUAGGUUAUCAGAUGCUGCUGCUACCAUGCUACAAAACAACUAUGUUAGAAUUAGACAGCAAAUGCGCCAACAAACCCAUGAAAGUGGGGAAGCUGCACCUAUACCAAUUACUGUAAGGCAAUUAGAAGCCAUUAUUAGGAUAAGUGAGUCCAUUGCAAAGAUGCGAUUGUCACCUGUGGCAACAGAGGAACAUGUAGCGGAAGCCUUGAGACUUUUCAACGUAUCUACAAUGGAUGCUGCACGUUCUGGCAUUACUGAUCAAAUAAACUUGACACCAGAAAUGAGAAACGAAAUUCAGCAAGUCGAGACACAGAUAAAAAGGCGAAUGGGAAUUGGCAAUGUCAUGUCUGAGAGGCGCCUUCUUGAUGAUUUAGCAAGAAUGGGAUUUAAUGAAUCUGUUGUGAGAAGAGCCCUUGUUGUCAUGCAUCAGAGAGAUGAAGUGGAAUACAAGAGAGAGCGACGUGUCAUUGUCCGCAAAGCAUAAGCUUCAACGCCUUGAUUAUGCUACUGCCACAUACAGGGCAUAAUUAGGGGGCUGAUGCUAUGCAGGAAAUUGUAUUUGGGUGUGAAAGGCGCAGCAUCAAAGUUUUAAUAGACUGGUCGAUUCCAACUUGAGGGAAGAUCCUGUUCUGGUGUAAUUUAAAACUUUGAUUUUAUCAACAAAUGCUUUGAUCUAUAACAUAAAUCCCUUACAUA